AUGUCAAAUUAUGUACUUCCUGGCGAUUCUACUGUUCUGAUAGAUCCGGAAUCACUGACAUUGGGACCUGGUUUGAUAAUGCAAAAUGAAGAUUCUAUUAUGAGUACUAAAGCCGGUAUCCUUCAUAGCAAGGAAAAUGAAACGAAAUGGUUUGUCGAAAGUAAUCAAAGGCGGUACGUUCCAUCGGCGGAAGAGGAUGUUCUUGGAAUAAUAACAGCAAAGACAUCAGAGUACUACAGAGUUGAUAUUGGGGCUGCACACGCUGCUGUCCUCGAUGGCUUGGCGUUUGAGAAGGUUACCAGGAGAACUAAACCAAACUUGAAAGUUGGUACUCUAGUGUAUGCUCGAAUAAUCGAAGCGAAUAAAGAUAUGGAUCCAGAGUUGACAUGCAUCAAUCCUGCGACUAACCGUGCUGAUGGUUAUGGGGUGUUAGAGAAGGGAUAUAUGAUCAAAUGCUCUCUUGGAUUGUGCAGAAGUGGACGAAAAUCACCCGACAUGGACGCACCUCCGCCAGAAAUACGGCUGUUUUGA